UCGCCUCCGCGGGCCCGAGAUAUGGCAAUGGUAGUUAGCAGCUGGCGAGAUGCGCAGGAGGAGGUGGCCGGGGGCGGCCCCGCCGGGGCGGCGCAGCCGGGCCGGGACCCGCAGCAAGGGGCCUCGGCGGCCCCCCACACGCCGCAGACGCCCAGCCAGCCGGGCGCGCCGUCCACGCCGGGGGACAAGGGCCAGCAGCAGCAGCAGCAGCAGCAGGGCGGCGGCGGCGGGCCGGGCGGCGGGCAGCAGCAGCAGCAGCAGCACAUCGAGUGCGUGGUGUGCGGGGACAAGUCGAGCGGCAAGCACUACGGGCAGUUCACCUGCGAGGGCUGCAAAAGUUUCUUCAAGCGCAGCGUCCGCCGGAACUUAACGUACACGUGCCGGGCCAACCGCAACUGCCCCAUCGACCAGCACCACCGCAACCAGUGCCAGUACUGUCGCCUCAAGAAGUGCCUCAAAGUGGGCAUGAGGCGGGAAGCGGUUCAGCGAGGCAGGAUGCCUCCGAGCCAGCCGAACCCGGGCCAGUACGCGCUGACCAACGGCGACCCGCUGAACGGCCACUGCUACCUGUCGGGCUACAUCUCGCUGCUGCUGCGGGCCGAGCCCUACCCGACGUCGCGCUACGGCAGCCAGUGCAUGCAGCCCAACAACAUCAUGGGCAUCGAGAACAUCUGCGAGCUGGCGGCGCGGCUGCUCUUCAGCGCCGUCGAGUGGGCCCGCAACAUCCCCUUCUUCCCGGACCUGCAGAUCACCGACCAGGUGGCCCUGCUGCGCCUCACCUGGAGCGAGCUCUUCGUCCUCAACGCCGCCCAGUGCUCCAUGCCGCUGCACGUGGCCCCGCUCCUGGCCGCCGCCGGCCUCCACGCCUCGCCCAUGUCCGCCGACCGCGUGGUGGCUUUCAUGGACCACAUCCGCAUCUUCCAGGAGCAGGUGGAGAAGCUCAAGGCCCUCCACGUCGACUCGGCCGAGUACAGCUGCCUCAAAGCCAUCGUCCUCUUCACGUCAGAUGCCUGUGGCCUGUCGGACGCGGCGCACAUCGAGAGCUUGCAGGAGAAGUCGCAGUGCGCCCUGGAGGAGUACGUGCGGAGCCAGUACCCCAACCAGCCCAGCCGCUUCGGCAAGCUGCUGCUCCGGCUGCCUUCGCUGCGCACCGUCUCGUCGUCGGUCAUCGAGCAGCUCUUCUUCGUCCGCUUGGUAGGUAAAACCCCCAUCGAGACGCUCAUCCGAGACAUGCUGCUCUCCGGCAGCAGCUUCAACUGGCCUUACAUGUCCAUCCAGUGCUCGUAGAGCUCCUGGCCGCCUCCCCCCCCCCCGGGGCCC